UGCACGCUUCCCUUCGCUCAAUUCCCACCUUGACAUUGCUCAGGAACGCCUUCAUUGCUUCUACCGAGGAAGAGCUCUGAGACUGAUCUUCUACUAUCUCCGGUUGUAGGGGCCUCCUUAUCUGACACACUGCACAAUUAACCGGCCCCUGGUUCUGUCUCACAACUGCUAGCACGACGCAGCCAUGGGCUUUCUCGCGGUCUUACUCGAUACUAUAUGCAAACAUUGCACAGAGUCUUCGAGCCUGGUCAUCUUGGGAACAACACUGCUAGCCCUACUUGCUGUGUCUAUUCUGCUCAAUGUCUUGGGGCAACUUCUUCUCAAGAAUCCGAAAGAACCACCUGUAGUGUUUCAUUGGGUGCCCUUUAUUGGCAGUACGAUCAGCUAUGGCAUGGAUCCAUACAAAUUUUUCUUCAAGUGCCGUGAGAAGUACGGUGACAUAUUCACUUUUGUUCUUCUUGGCAAAAAGACGACUGUCUACCUUGGGACUAAGGGUAAUGACUUCAUUCUUAAUGGCAAGUUAAGGGAUGUUUGUGCCGAAGAGGUUUAUUCGCCCCUUACUACCCCUGUGUUUGGGAGCAAUGUUGUGUAUGACUGCCCAAAUGCCAAAUUAAUGGAGCAGAAGAAGUUCGUCAAAUUCGGCCUCACCUCCGACGCCUUACGUUCCUAUGUGCGUCUGAUAACCGAUGAAGUGGAGGAUUUUGUCCAGAAUUCCCCGGCUUUCCAGGGUGCUAGCGGUGUCUUUGACGUGUGCAAAAUAGUUGCUGAAAUCACCAUCUAUACAGCCUCACGCUCUCUUCAAGGCAAGGAAGUUCGAAGUAGAUUUGAUUCCACCUUUGCUGAGCUAUAUCAUGACCUCGACAUGGGAUUUGCGCCGAUCAAUUUCAUGUUACCCUGGGCUCCUCUUCCCCAUAACCGGAAACGCGAUGCCGCACAGAGGAAAAUGACAGAAACAUACAUGGAAAUCAUUAAGGCCCGUCGCAAUGCUGGAACUGAGAAAGACUCCGAAGACAUGGUAUGGAACCUGAUGUCUUGCGUGUAUAAAGAUGGCACUCAGGUUCCCGACGAGGAAGUCGCGCACAUGAUGAUUGCUCUUCUCAUGGCUGGUCAGCAUUCGUCAGCUUCUACGGCUUCCUGGAUUGUCCUACACCUUGCAGCACACCCGGAAAUUAUGGAUGAGCUCUUUGCUGAACAACUCCGUGUCCUGGGCCCUGAUUUGCCUCCUCUUACAUACGAAGACCUGCAGAAGUUGGAUCUUCAUGCUAAGGUUAUCAAGGAAACAUUGCGUAUACAUGCACCUAUCCAUUCAAUCAUACGUGCGGUGAAGAACCCGAUGCCUGUGGACGGAACACCAUAUGUGAUUCCUACAUCUCAUAAUGUUCUCUCAUCACCUGGUGUGACGGCAAGGUCUGAGGAGUAUUUCGUCAACCCACUAAAGUGGGAUCCUCACCGCUGGGAUGAGGACCUUGCGUCUAAUGCAGAAGAUGAAGAGAAAAUUGACUAUGGGUAUGGUCUUGUUAGCAAGGGCACAAACAGUCCUUACCUUCCAUUUGGCGCUGGAAGGCACAGGUGCAUUGGUGAACAAUUUGCCUAUGUACAACUUGGUGCCAUAACAGCGGCUUUGGUAAGGUUGUUCAAGUUCCGCAAUUUGCCCAAUGUAAAGAGUAUCCCUGAAACAGACUAUUCAUCACUUUUCUCGAAACCCGCUGGAAAAUCGUUUAUUCAUUUCGAAAAGCGUGCUCCUGCGAAGAAUUGAUAUUACUCCUACUCUUAUGCCUCAAAACAAAUGAUGGCAGAUAAUAGUAGAUGUAUAUUCUUAUUGCCUUAUUAAUUCUUAUGCAGAACUUUUGGAAGACUCUAUCUAAUAUUUAUUAGUUAAUUAUCAUGAAAUAAGAAAUAAACAGAAGGCCCAGUGUUAGCUUAUGGCACUGCGGCUAGGAAGCUAAAAUAUAUCCUACGAGUCAGAAACUUC